AUGAAAAAGACCAAAGUGGAAGAUUUUUAUGGUGUUAACAUAUUUCAAGCUAUUCGUGCACAAGGCUCAAGAAGGCAUCAGAUGAAAGCUUGUUAUGUUUCAAUAUUAAAAGGCAGAGCUGCAGUUCUGGCCAGGAGCAACUUUCAUGCCGCUAGCAUAGAAAUUUCCCAAGCCAAGCCAAACAACGAACAACAAGAGGAAGCCGCAGGCGGCAAGAGGAGGGGGUGCCGUGGUGGGGGCCUAAGAGAGGUGAGGGGGCAGGGUUGGCGGGCGUCGAGAACUGCGCCGCGCACCCCCAAGCGCACUCCCAAGCGCCCACACUUACCCCUCGCGGCUGGGAGUCUGGUCUUCAGCGCCAACCCGGGUGCGCGCCCCCUCGCCCGCCCUCGCUGCUCCGGCCCGGCGCACCCCCCCAAUCCCGGCCCGCGCCCUGGGAGGGCGCCCGGGAGAGGCGGCGGCGGCGGUGGUGGCGGCGCGGCUCGGGCUCGGCUCGGCUCGGGCUCCAGUGCGCCUAGUGUAGCCGGCGGCCGCCGAGGCUCCCACCGCCAGGGGGAGAAGCCGCGGCGGGCGCAGGGAGGCGGUCCGGGCCCUGGCCGCUCGGCCGGCCAGCCCGCGCAGCACWAGCUCCGAAGCGGCGGCGGCGGCGGCGCAGGGUCCGCAGAUCCCCAGGGCGCAGCGUGCCCGGCCCCAGGCGCCGCGGCUGGAUGCGCGCCCCGGGUAGCCGCGGGCUCCCGCGGGGGGCGCCCCGGACGCUCCGGUGCGCCUCCAGACUGCGGGCGCCGCGACCGCCKAGCCGAGAGCAGCUCCCGCCGGCCCCUUCCCCCUCCCGCCCCCGCCACCGCCCCCUCCCCCUCCCCCCCCCGCAGCUCGGCUGCGGCCGCAGACGAGGCAGUAGCCGCCGCCUCGGAAGUCCGACGCCGGCGCGCCCGCCCGGGGAGCCGUUCCUGGUCUCGGGCCCGCACUCGACAGCCACCGCUGCCCCCAACGCUCAUGCCUGAGUGA